UUUUUUUUUCUUUGGUGAUAUAUAACAUCAAGUUUUUCGAUACACUUCCAUAAGCUCUGUUAUUUAAGAUAGAAAUUCCCUUUUUUAAAGGAAAAAGAAAGAACAGGAAAGCUUGAAUCCAUAGAUUUUUUUUUUUGCGAUCUUGUUUGAACCCACUUCGUUUUCUUGUCUUUCCCUUUAGUCAACUGAGAAUUCAACAAUGAAAGAACAAGUUAUCGAUAAUACCCCCAAGAAAAUUCGGUACAUCCAGUUUGGUGUCAUGUCGCCACAAAACAUGGUGAAGAUUGCUGAAUUUGAAAUCACACAGAGAGACCUUUACAUGCCUGAAAGUCGUACACCUAUCAAGGGUGGUGUUCUGGAUUUGAGAUUGGGUACCACAUUAAAAGACGCUUUCUGUGAGACUUGUGGAAACAAAAUGCAAGAAUGUGCAGGCCAUUGGGGUUAUCUCAAGCUGGUCUUGCCUAUUUUUCACAUUGGUUAUUUUAGACCUGUCAUUAAUAUUUUGCAAGAAAUUUGUAAGUCAUGCAGUCGUGUCAUGUUGGAAGAAGCAGAUCGCCGUAUGUACUUGAAGAGAUUGAGAGCACCUGGAUUGGAUAAUUUGCAACGAGGCAGAAUCAUCAAACAAGUACAAGAUAAAUGUAAAAAAGUUACCUAUUGUCCUCAUUGUAAUGCCGUCAACGGUGUUGUUAAAAAAGUCGGUCCUAUGAAAAUCACACACGAUAAAUACCGUCUGAAGCGAGUUGAUGCAGAAGCUGAGCAGUUCAGAAAGACCUUUGAAGCUGCUGCUGCUUCUAUGCCUGAAAUCAAACCUCACAUCAGUAAAGCACAAGAUGAUCUCAACCCUCUCCGUGUAUUACGACUCUUUCAACGUAUUUCUCCUGAAGAUUGUGAAUUGCUAGGUUUGAGUGAAGAACAUGGUAGACCUGAAUGGUAUAUUUGGCAAUAUCUUCCUGUUCCUCCUUCUUGUGUUCGUCCCUCUGUUGUUCAAGAUGAUAACAGUAGUAAUGAAGAUGAUUUGACAGCCAAACUGACCGAAAUUAUUUUCACCAAUGCCAUCAUUCGUGCUGGCUUAGAGAGAGGUGUUACUGUGAUGAAUUUGAUGGAACAAUGGGAAUUCUUACAAUUGGCUGCUGCUAUGUAUAUCAACAGUGAACUUCCUGGUGUACCUAAUCUUACCUCUGGUAAGCCUAGUCGUGGUCUUUGCCAACGUUUGAAGGGUAAGCAAGGUCGUUUCAGAGGUAACUUGUCAGGUAAACGUGUGGAUUUCUCGGGUCGUACUGUUAUUUCCCCUGAUCCCAAUAUGCGUAUUGAUCAAGUGGCUGUACCUGAACGUGUUGCCAAGGUCUUGACUUUCCCUGAACGUGUGAAUAAGCACAAUAUUCACAAGUUGCGUCAAAAUAUCAUUAAUGGUCCCUUUGUUCAUCCUGGUGCUAAUUUCGUACAAGGUGCAAAUGGUUUCAAGCGUUUCCUUAAGUUUGGUAACCGUCAAGAAAUUGCUGCUGAUUUGCAGAUUGGUGAUUUAGUCGAACGUCACUUGUCUGAUAACGACGUUGUGCUGUUCAACCGUCAACCUUCUCUUCACAGAAUGUCUAUCAUGGCUCACUUUGCCAAGGUAAUGCCCUGGAGAACCUUCCGUUUCAAUGAAUGUGUUUGCUCACCUUACAAUGCUGAUUUUGAUGGUGAUGAAAUGAAUAUGCACUUGCCCCAGACUCAAGAAGCUAAAGCAGAAGCCAUUGAAUUGAUGGGUGUUAAAAACAACUUGGUUACCCCUCGUAACGGUGAACCCCUUAUUGCUGCCACACAAGAUUUCAUUACAGCCUCUUAUUUAUUAUCACACAAAGACACUUUCUAUACCCGUGGUGAAUUUGUUCAAGCCUGUACAAUGAUGAUGGAUGGUGAAUUAAAGAUUGACCUUCCCCCUCCUGUCAUCUGGAAGCCUCAACGAUUAUGGACUGGUAAGCAAGUCUUUAAUGUGCUAUUUAGACCCAACAAAGAAAGCAAGGUCAUGUUGAACGUUGAGACAAAAAACAAGUCGUUUGUUAAAGAAGAAGGCCGUCUGCCCGAUAUGUGUCCUAACGACGGUUGGCUUGUUGUUCAAAAUAGUGAAAUCAUGUGUGGCCUUGUGGAUAAGGCUAUUGUAGGUGAUGGUAAUAAGAGUUCAGUAUUCUAUGUUAUUUUGCGUGAUUAUGGACCUAUCGAAGCUGCUAAAUGUAUGAAUCGUCUUGCCAAGCUUUGUGCUCGUUGGCUUGCUAACCGUGGUUUCUCUAUUGGUAUUAGUGAUGUAACACCUGGUGACCGUUUAAGCAAGAUCAAGAAUGAAGAAGUAACAAAGGCUUAUGACAAGUGUGAUGAUAUCAUUGCUCAAUACAAUAGUGGUCAAUUAGAAACCAUGGCUGGUUGUAACGAAGAACAGACCAUGGAAUCGAUUGUCUCUGGUAUUUUGUCUGCUGUUCGUGGUGAUCUUGGUAAGGUCUGUAUGCAAGAAUUAAACAUGUACAAUUCUCCCAGUAUCAUGGCUCGGUGUGGUUCUAAGGGUUCACAAAUUAACGUAUCGCAAAUGGUUGCUUGUGUCGGUCAACAGAUUAUUAGUGGCAGUCGUAUUCCUAAUGGUUUCCAAGAUCGAUCUUUGCCUCACUUCUUGAAGCACUCUAAGAGUCCACCAGCCAAGGGUUUCGUGAGAAACAGUUUCUACACUGGACUUAGUCCUACUGAAUUCCUUUUCCACGCUAUUUCUGGUCGUGAAGGUUUGGUUGAUACAGCUGUCAAGACUGCUGAAACUGGUUAUAUGGCUAGACGUUUGAUGAAGGCCUUUGAAGAUUUGGUUACACACUACGAUCUCUCUGUUCGUAACUCUGAAGGUGCUAUGUUGCAAUUCUGUUAUGGUGCUGAUGGUUUGGAUCCUAUGACAAUUGAAGGUGAUGGUAUUCCUGUCGAAUUUGCUCGUAAUUUGCGUCACGUCAAGGAAAUUACUCCUCCUGGUAGUGAAAGAGGUCUUCUUCCUUGGGAAAUCAACUACAUUACUCAAAAGGAAGUACAAAGAGAUAUUUGGAAGAAGAACUGUCUUCAGUCCUUUAUUGAUAUGGUACUCGCUUUUGUCAGUGAAAAGAUGGCUGGUAAAUUGGCUUCCAUUCGUAAAAAGCACGGUUUACAAUCAGGUCUUGCUAUGCCUGAUGAAGAUUACAUGGAUAUUGAUAUUGAUGAGGAUGAAGAAGAAGCAGUCAAGACAACUGUUCGUAACUUGUUUGUAGUGACCGAACGCCAAUUACGUGAUUAUUUGAAUGUCUGUCUUUCCAAGUACUUGAAGGCUAAGAUUGAACCUGGUACUGCUGUAGGCGCUAUUGGCGCUCAAUCAAUCGGUGAGCCUGGUACACAAAUGACAUUGAAGACUUUCCACUUUGCCGGUGUUGCUAGUAUGAAUAUUACGCUUGGUGUACCUCGUAUCAAGGAAAUUAUUAACGCUGCUAAGGUCAUUUCUACGCCCAUUAUCAAGUGUGAACUUCACUCAAAUAAGGAUGUAAGAGCUGCUCGUGUGGUUAAGGGUCGUGUGGAAAAGACAACCUUGGGUGAUGUCGCCAUGUAUAUGGAUGAAGUUUAUGAGCCCAAUGAAACAUAUAUCUUGCUUCGUAUUGAUCUAGAUGCCAUUAAUCGACUUCAAUUAGAAACCAAUCUUCAUCAGAUUGCACAUGCUAUCAAAACUGCUCCCAAGCUAAAGAUGGGUCAAUUAGAUGUUCAAACAAGUAGACCUGAUAUCAUUCGUGUCUAUGUUCAUGCCAAACAAGAUGAAUCUAUGUAUUAUAGUUUGAAGGCUCUUAAGCGUGUCUUAUCCAGUGUGGUGAUCACAGGUUUACCUGACGUUGUCCGUGCUGUUAUUAGUGAAAAGGAAGGUGGAAGAGGUGCCAAGCAACUGCUGGUUGAAGGUUAUGGUUUAUUAGAAGUCAUGACUACAGAUGGUAUUAUUGGUCAAGAAACUACGUCUAAUCACGUUAUGGAAGUUGCUGAUGUGCUGGGUAUUGAAGCUGCAAGAAAUACAAUCAUUAACGAAAUUCAAAUGACCAUGUCCUCUCACGGUAUGACCAUUGAUCAUCGUCACGUCUUCUUGCUUGGUGAUAUUAUGACCAGUAAAGGUGAAGUCUUGGGUAUUACUCGUUUCGGUAUUUCCAAGAUGAAGGACAGUGUUCUUAGUAUUGCUUCUUUUGAAAAGACAACGGAUCACUUGUUUGAAGCAGCAUUGUACAGUAAGAAGGAUGGUAUUGUUGGUGUCUCUGAACAAAUCAUUAUGGUAGGAAGGCUAUUAAGUGAUUUUCAUUGUAUUUAACUAUUUUCCUUCAUUAGGGUAUACCAAUGUCUAUCGGUACUGGUUUGUUCAAACUGAUUCACAAGUCAAUGAAAAACAAUAUUCCUCCUCCCAGACCUCUUUUAUUCGACAUCUAACCAUUUUUUCUUUCAUCUCAUACAACAAUAUACUCAACAAUCUCAAGUCUCUCUCUCUUUUUUUUUUUCUGGCUUGCUUAACAUGUAAAUCUAAAAUAAAAUUAUGCAAUAAUUAGAAAAAAAAAACAUGAUUUAUUGUAUUCAUGAUAUAAAAGUGCU